AUGGAAAUAGCUCCGAACAACGGUAACAAUCACCAGAAGUUGCGAGCAGGAUUAUCAAUUAACUGCCCGUCCAAGGUAGCAUCGAAGAAAACGAAUGUUUGCAAAUCGGUCUCAGUCGAUCUCGGUACCACAUUACCACCACUAAAUGGUCGAAGAUCGUCAGUCCUCGGCUCACUGUUGCGUUCGCGGCGUUUUUCGGUGAAGCAGCACCUGCGACGGGCGUAUUGCAAAGCCGGCGCACGCCUAUAUCCGUUGGUACCUGCUUUUCACAGUGAUCAUUAUAUUUUCCAUUUCAUCGCCUUUCUGGAUAUCUUUUAUUCCGGUGGUACAAGAUUACUCGACGCACAUUGUUCUGUUGGCACUCGGUAUCUUACACCUGUUGUGGAUGAUUGCCGUUUUCAACGCCAUUCGUUUGCUGAUCCGAUUGCGACGCUUUGCAAAGCACGAAAUCGAUUUGAGCAAGGUAAUUGA